GUGUGAGAAGAUAACUUCUUCUUUUGGAAAAUCGUGUUUGAACAAGAACGAUUUUCCAUCUAUUUAUAUCUCAUCCUUUGUCUCUUCCGGUGCUUAACAUGUUCCAUAUCAAAUACAGUGUAACACCCUCUAUCUUUGUCAAAAUCACAAGAACAUAGCAGGCUAGUAGUUGCAAUGAUCAUGAAACCAUGCACUUUCUUACUAGCCAUAGCCACCUCUUACUUGUUACUUCUCGUUAAUGCAACCCCAAAAUCAACCUACCAUUCUCUCUUCAUCUCCAAUUCCCUAUCAGACAAUGCCUCCAUAGCCAACCACCUUCAAAUUCUCACCCGCAGACCUCACAUAGCAGGUUCUGAAGCAAACGCUGAGGCUGCAGUUUAUGUACGCUCAGUCCUCACCUCCUUCAACAUACCAACUCACUUUGCUUCCUACCAAGUUUCCCUCACACUCCCUCUUUCUCGCUCCUUGGUGCUCACAAACUCGCCAGCACCAGAAACAGCCACCAACUUUACUCUCCGUCAAGAAAUCUACAAGGGUGAUCCUUAUGCUGAUGUUGCAGACCAGGCUGUUCCAACAUUCCACGCCUAUGCCAAGUCAGGCGCCGCCACCGGACCAGUCGUGUACGCGAACUACGGAAGGGAGGAGGACUAUUUGACACUCACACAGAUUGGGAUCAACGUUUCAGGCACUGUUGUAUUGGCGAAGUAUGGGAAAAUCUUUAGAGGCGACAUUGUGCAGAAUGCUUAUGAUGCCGGAGCUGCAGGGGUGGUGAUAUAUUCAGAUAGGAAGGACUGCGGUGGCGCUGGCAAGGCGCGGUGGUUCCCUGAUGACAAGUGGUUGCCGCCGAGCGGGGUUCAGGUGGGGUCGGUGUUUUUGGGGAAAGGAGACCCUACAACGCCUGGUUGGCCCAGUUGUGGUGAGUGUGAGAGGCUGACUCACGAUGAGGUUGAGAAGAGAGGUGAUGUUCCUCUAAUACCUUCAUUGCCGGUGUCUGGUGAAGAUGGUGACAAGAUAUUGAAGUCAAUUGGUGGCCCUGUUGCUAAGGAUGACUGGCAGGGAAGCCAAGAUGCACCUACUUACCGGGUUGGACCAGGACCAGGAAUUUUACACCUCAAUUAUACGGGACAGGAUAUUAUAGCCACAAUUCAAAAUGUUAUUGGUGUGAUUGAAGGAGAAGAAGAGCCUGAUAGAUUUGUGAUUCUAGGCAAUCAUAGGGAUGCAUGGAGUUAUGGUGCAGUUGAUCCCAAUAGUGGAACUGCAGCACUACUUGAGGUAGCGGAAAGAUUGAGGAAGCUUCAGAAAAGAGGAUGGAAACCUAGAAGAACAAUUAUCUUAUGCAAUUGGGAUGCUGAGGAAUACGGUCUUAUAGGAUCAACGGAAUGGGUAGAAGAGAACAGAGAAAUCCUUGCUUCAAGGGCGGUUGCUUACUUGAAUGUUGACGCGGCAGUUGGUGGACCGGAGGGGUUUCAGACCAGUGCCACUCCACAGCUUGAUGAAUUGAUCAAAAGAGCAACUCAGCAGAUUAAAGACCCAGAUAACUCAUCUCAGACCAUUUAUGAUUCUUGGACUGGUUCAAGUAGUUCCCCUGUGAUUGGAAGGUUAGGAGGUGGAGGAUCAGAUUAUGCAGCUUUUUUGCAGCAUGUUGGAAUUCCAGCAGCUGGCAUAUUUUUUGGUAGUACAGGUUACCCAGUAUACCACUCACUAUAUGAUGAUUUCACCUGGAUGCAAAACUUUGGUGAUCCUAUGUUUCAAAGGCAUGUUGCAGCUGCAAGUGUUUGGGGUCUAGUAGCGCUUUGGCUAGCAGAUGAGGAAUUCAUACCUUUUGAUUAUGUUUCCUAUGUUAAGGAGCUCCAGCUUAGCUUUAAGGUACUGGAAAAUGAGAUUUCAAACAAAGAUAUAAAUUUGACUCCCAUACUGACCUCCAUCAAGGAGUUUGAGAAAGCAGCAAUUAUGAUAAAGAACCAGAGAAAGAAAUUAGAAGCAAGUAAAGGAUGGACAACAAAGAAGGAGGACCAUUAUUUUAAAGUGAGAGAGCUGAAUGAUAGACUGAUGAUGGCUGAGCGUGCAUUCACUGACAGAGAUGGUCUCUUUGGAAUGUCAUGGUAUAAGCAUUUGAUAUAUGGACGAUCGAAACACAAUGGUUAUGGCUCCCAAUCUUUCCCUGGAAUUGAUGAUGCUGUAAUAAUAGCAAAAGAUACAAAGACUGUAGAAUCGUGGCUUCGAGUACAACACGAAGUAUGGAGAGUCUCAAGAGUUAUCAAACAGGUCUCGUUAGUUCUCUCGGGUCAACUCACAUGAAUGAAGAUUUACAUUUUCUGGCUCGCUAUGGCCAUGAGUUUUGUGAGCUGAACUUUGAUGCAGAGCAUGUUCCCCACCCUCUUCUGUCUUAUUUACUAAAGGAUGUAAUAGGGGUUUCUUCCCCCAGAUUGGUAUAGUUUUGUAUCUCUGGGCUUUAGCCCUCUUUGUAAUAAAAAAAACGUUAGUGAAAACAUACGAUUAUAUAUAUGCAGUCUAAUAGAAAUGCGUCAUAACCCCUUUCAUCCUUGUUUGUGCCUAUGCAAACCAGAAAACAGAAUAGUUUUCACUCCAUGCCCCUUUGUACCCUCUCAUUUCCCUUUUUUUCCUAAUGUUAGUCUUUCAUUUCCCCUCGUUAUCAAACACAUGCAAAUUUAGGCA